CGGGGCGUGGCGGCGCGAGGCCCCGGAUGUGGCUGCUGCGGCCCCUCCUCCCCCGCGCUCCCCUCAGAGACCCCGGCCGCGCGCCGCCACUCACUAGCUGGUCCCCGCGCGGGCCCCUCGGGCGGCUGUGUGGAGGCGCGCAGGCGGAGCGGACGGCGAGGCGACCGCGCGAAGACCAGCGGAGCGGGCCGGGCCCGGCCGGGCGGCCGUCGCCAUGAGCGGCUCGUCGGGUACCCCGUACCUGGGCAGCAAGAUCAGCCUCAUCUCCAAGGCGCAGAUCCGCUACGAGGGCAUUCUCUACACUAUCGACACGGACAACUCCACCGUGGCGCUCGCCAAAGUGAGGUCCUUCGGCACUGAAGACCGACCCACCGACAGGCCGGCCCCCCCGAGAGAGGAGAUCUAUGAGUACAUCAUCUUCCGGGGGAGCGACAUCAAAGACAUCACAGUGUGCGAGCCUCCGAAAGCUCCGCACACGCUCCCUCAAGACCCUGCCAUCGUCCAAUCUUCCCUGGGCUCGGGCUCCUCCUUCCAGCCACACGUGCCUUACAGCCCCUUCAGAGGGAUGCCGCCCUACAGCCAGCUGGCUGCCAGCUCCCUGCUCAGCCAGCAGUACGCAGCUUCCCUGGGUCUAGAGAAGCUGGUAAGCCCUCCGGCCUCAGCCGCAGCCUCCAGCCCUAGCUCCUCUCCAUCUCCACAGCCUGUCUCAGAGCCUGACAUGUCCUCAGAGCCACACCAGCUCGCUUCCAAGGGUACGGCAGUUUGGAGAACUGCACACUGUCUUGCCAUCCAGAGAGCGAGGGGAGCGGGUUUCCUGUCCGUCCCCGCCGCUAAGAGCCCCAUGGUGGAGCAGGCCGUCCAGACUGGUUCUCUCGAUAACCUGAACACCAAGAAGCCCUUACCCAGCAGCAAGGGCGCCGCGGGGGUGCAGCUCAAUGGGCGUGCAGCCCCACCAAGCAGCAAGAACACCGGUGGUACCGAGACUCGCGUUCCCUGGGACGUGAGCCAGCCUGCCACUGUGCAGGCACCAGCGCAGGUCAAUGACGAGAACAGGAGGCCCCAGAGGAGGAGAUCAGGGAACAGGCGCACCAGGAACCGCUCCAGGGGACAAAGCCGCCCAACCGAUGUCAAGGAGAACACAAUCCGGUUUGAGGGUGACUUCGAUUUUGAGAGUGCAAAUGCCCAGUUCAACCGAGAGGAGCUGGACAAGGAGUUUAAGAAGAAGCUGAAUUUCAAAGAUGACAGAGCAGAGAAGGGGGAGGAGAAGGACCCUGCAGUGGUGACCCCGAGUGACGAAGUCCCUGCCGAGGAGGACCACCUGGGGCCCUCCUGCUACUACGACAAGUCCAAGUCCUUCUUUGACAACAUCUCGUCUGAGCUCAAGACCAGUUCCAGGAGGACCACGUGGGCUGAGGAGAGGAAGCUCAACACGGAGACCUUCGGGGUGUCGGGGAGGUUUCUUCGUGGCCGUGGAUUCCGAGGCGGAUUGCGAGGGGGCAGGGGCAGCAGCACCACGAGGCGCAACCCGACUUCCCACAGAGCCGGGACUGGCCGCGUGUAAGCAGGCGGCCAAAGGCUCUGGCGGAAGCAGCAGCAGAUGCCACAGAGUGAGGACACUGCACUUCCGGGCAGGCCUAAGUCAGGUCACCGUCCACUGUUUUUGUUCUGGUCGUCACUCAACUUGGACUCGGUUCCGCUUAUUUUCGGGGAGUUCUGGGGAGACCUCUUGGGCCUCUGGACCCCUUCCUCUUCAGUUUGCACAGUCCAGUCUACAGUUGUAUUUUUGAAAGAAGGAUUCGAGAGCGAACGCUCGAUCCUCACUUUGACUUUAAAGAUGGAACCAAAUCUCAUGUGGCUGCGUGGCAGCCAGGUGCAGCUCUCUCACCCUGCUGGCCCUGGUGCUGCUGGCCUGGCACCCUUGCUGCCACUGGUGGGGUCUCAGGAGCCAGGCAGGGCCAGCCCAGGGAGUGUGACCCCGGGCAGGGAAGGGGGCGUCUCACAGAUCAUGUUGUGUGAGUACACAGACCGCCUGCCGCCUGGAGGGGUGCUGCGGAGGCGGGGCCUGCAGGUGUGGGCACCCCUGAGGGCUGUGCGCACUCAGCCUGGCUCCCCAGGGAGUCUGGGUUUGGGUGGUGUCCCCGCCUUGUGCCCUGCCUGCCCCUGACCUGGCCAGGCGGGGCUCGACUCCAGCCACUGGCGGUGUCUCCUCCACUUGGAAAUGAGGCCAUGUUCCCUGUGAGCCCAGCUGACCGGGAGCACGUUCCUUGGAGCUGUAAAUAGUUGUGUUUCUUUCAUAGGAGGUGGGAGGGAAGUGGGCGGUAAACUGUCGCAUGAGUACGAGGGGCACCUGGCCCAAGCAUGCGCCCCUCGGGGGGCAGGGCGUUGCGGCGAGAUGGGGCACCUCGGGGACCGACCCCCUGGGUAGCUCUGGAGAUUUUGGUUCUGUGUUAAGUUACUGUAAAAGCUUGGGUUUAUUUUUAUAGGACUUAAUGGCUGAGUUAGAAUGUAGCAACAGGGCUGCUCUGUUGGAGUCAUGUAAAUUGUAAUUAAAAUAAACAUGCAGACUUUAA